AUAUUGCUAUCCAUUCUCUUGCUAAUCUUACCACCAAGCACUAACUGUUUACUGUUCCAUAUAUACCCUCUCCCCACCUUCCCUUUCAUGGAGUCUCAAUACCUUCACACCACACUUCUUGCCCUGCUUCUGCUACUCCCAAUCUCGAUCUGCAUUGCGAAGAAGCCGCCACCGCCGUGCAAUUUCCCCGCCAUUUUCAAUUUCGGCGAUUCAAACUCCGACACCGGCGGCUUGUCGGCGGCCUUUGGUCAGGCGGGCCCGCCGCAUGGAGAGACGUACUUCCAUCACCCUGCCGGACGAUACUGCGACGGCCGUUUGAAGAUUGAUUUCAUCGCGGAGAGGUUAGGAUUGCCCCAUGUGAGCGCCUUUCUGGAUGCUCUGGGAUCCAAUUUCACGCACGGAGCCAAUUUCGCCACCGCCGGAUCAACCGUGAGACCUCAGAACACCACUCUCCACCAAAGCGGUUUCAGCCCUUUCUCCUUAAACGUCCAGUUUUACCAGUUCAGCGACUUCCACCGCAGGUCUCAGAUCAUUCGCCGCCGCGGUGCCCCUGUAUUCCGGGGAUUGAUGCCUAAUGCCCACCAUUUUUCCAAAGCUCUAUACACCUUCGACAUCGGCCAGAAUGACUUGACCGCCGGCUACUUCCUUAACAUGUCCACCGCCCAAGUUAGAGCUUAUGUUCCUGAUGUCUUGGAUCAGUUUAAGACCGUCGUUAAGGAUAUAUAUGGACAAGGGGGUAGAUAUUUCUGGAUACACAAUACUGGUCCCGUGGGGUGCCUGCCGUACGUGAUGGACCGGCUGUUGGUAUCGGCGGCACAGGUGGAUAAGGCAGGAUGCGCCGCUCCGUUCAACGAGGUGGCGCAGUAUUUCAAUGGUAGGUUAAAGCAGGCCGUGCAGCAGCUCCGGCAGGAUCUCCCGCACGCUGCUCUCACUUAUGUUGAUGUUUAUUCAGUCAUGUAUGAUCUCAUCUCUCGAGCCAAACAACACGGGUUUGUGCAUCCACUACAGGCGUGCUGUGGACAUGGGGGGAAGUAUAACUACAAUAUGCAUAUUGGAUGUGGAGGAAAAUUUAUGGUGAAUGGCACAGAAGUAUUGGUAGGAAAAGCAUGCAGAGAUCCAUCGGUUAGGAUCAAUUGGGAUGGCGUACAUUAUACAGAGGCUGCUAACAAAUGGGUUUUCGAUAAAAUCGUCGACGGCUCCUACUCCGACCCUCCGGUCCCCCUAAGAAUGGCGUGCCAUAGGUUCAAGUGAAGCAAUCAAACAAUUCAAGUGUUUGAGAAUGAAUUGAAGGUGCAUGUGUUUUAGCAUUUUGGUAUGGGUUUUCAAUUUCAAGAGUUCGUUGGCCAGAGUCUUUGAUGCGCUAGCCGCUAGGACAGUAGGACUAGGAUAUAGGAGGGAAGAAAAUUGUUUUAAAUUGUGAUUGACCUUUGAUUUCUUGGUAAUCGAUCUUAUUUAAUGGAUAAGAAAUUUUUAGCAA